CGGGCGGCCCUCGGGGUGGCCGCGGCCGCCGCCACGAAGCUGCAGCCGCCGGGCUAGCCCCGGGGCGGCUCGAGCCCAGGGGGGCCGGCAGAGGGCUGCGGCCCGUCCGGGUGCCGGGCUCCGGUCUCGGGGCCGGCGGCGGCGGCGGCGGCCGCUCACCAUGCCGGCCAAGCACCAGCACUUCCAGGAGCCCGCGGUCGGCUGCUGCGGGAAAUACUUCCUGUUUGGCUUCAAUGUCGUCUUCUGGGUGCUGGGGGCCCUGUUCCUGGCUAUUGGCCUCUGGGCCUGGGGUGAGAAGGGCGUUCUCUCCAACAUCUCAGCGCUGACAGAUCUGGGCGGCCUUGACCCCGUGUGGCUGUUUGUGGUGGUUGGAGGCGUCAUGUCGGUGCUUGGCUUUGCAGGCUGCAUUGGAGCCCUCCGGGAGAACACCUUCCUGCUCAAGUUUUUCUCCAUAUUCCUUGGCCUCAUCUUCUUCUUGGAGCUGGCAACAGGGAUCCUGGCCUUCAUCUUCAAGGACUGGAUCCGAGACCAGCUCAACCUCUUCAUCAACAACAACGUCAAGGCCUACCGGGACGACAUCGACCUUCAGAACCUCAUAGACUUUGCUCAGGAAUAUUGGUCUUGCUGUGGAGCCCGAGGACCCAGUGACUGGAACCUCAAUAUCUACUUCAACUGCACUGACUUGAACCCCAGCCGGGAGCGCUGUGGGGUGCCCUUCUCCUGCUGCGUCAAGGACCCUGCGGAAGAUGUCCUCAACACCCAGUGUGGCUAUGACGUUCGGCUCAAACUGGAGCUGGAGCAGCAGGGCUUCAUCUACACCAAAGGCUGCGUGGGCCAGUUCGAGAAGUGGCUGCAGGACAACCUGAUUCUCGUGGCUGGGGUCUUCCUGGGCAUCGCGCUCCUGCAGAUCUUCGGCAUCUGCCUGGCCCAGAACCUCGUGAGUGACAUCCGGGCGGUGAAGGCCAACUGGUGAGCGGCCCCCGGGCCUCCGCAGAGCCCUCCACGCUGCUCACGCACCGCACACCCCGGCAAGGCCGCAGGAGGCAUCCGCCUGGACCUGGGGCGUCCUGUCCCCCCACAGGAGCCAGUGUCUCGCCGCUGGGGGGCCGUGGCUGUCCAGGGCCUGGGAAGGCGCGGCGGGGUGGGAACUGGCUUCCUCCCCUCCCUGCCGUGCGGGGCUCCCCGGUGCAUGGCGGCCGGGGCUCUGCCCUGGCCCACACAGUUCCCGAGCUUUCCUGCUAUCUGGGACCGUGCUCUGUGUGCCACCUCGGACUCGAACUCAGGGCCUGCACGCC